AUGGCAAGCGGAUUUGGCCGACGUGAAAAAAUUGCGAGAAGACAACGACGGAGUGGAGUAUUUGCUUAUCGUGGUGGACGCCCCAUCCGCAAGAAGAACGCCCAGGAAGUCACUGCUGMYUUCCGAGACAUUUUUGAAGACGGUCGUGAACCGGACGUCUUGCAGACGGACGAAGGAACGGAAUUUUUGAAUCGCACUUUGAAAUCGCUGUUGGAACAACGAGGCAUUCGUCAUUUCGUGGUUUACGGGGACACCAAAGCGCAGAUCGUCGAACGGUUCCGCACCUUCAAAGAACGCAUGUGGCGUUACUUCACAGCCCGGAACACGAAUAGGUACGUGGACGUCUUGGACGAUUUUGUGAAAGGAUACAAUGSAGCGUACCAUCGAUCUAUCCGACGCAGUCCCGAUUCGGUGACGCACGACAAUGCGCAAGASGUGUGGCACACUCUGUACGACAAGACGGAGAAAAAACCAAUGCGUUACCGAUUCAAACCGGRAGAUCGCGUUCGGUUGAGCAAGAAGGCUGAAACGUUUAAAAAGGGCUACACAACUGGGUGGACCRAAGAAGUCUUUGUGAUCUCGAGACGCGUGCCUGGCACUCCACCCUUGUACAAGAUUCAAGAGUACUCUYCAAAGCUCACCCUGACGCUGUAG